GUCAUCCUUCCUCCAGUUCACUAUUCUUGCCAAUACCUUUCCGCAUUGUUAUUGUUUUGUGAGUCAGUUUAUUUAAAAAGUCCGUAAAUUGAAUUAAUUUUAAGUUCAUAUAAGUUUAACUUUAGUUUCUCCGUCUGCAGAAUAUCGGAGAUUAUAAAGUGUAGCCUUUCAUGUGUUAAAAAAGACGUUUUCCCGUCUAUUAUGAGACAGAAUUUCAUGUUAUUUCUGUCCAAAGAUUAGGAACUACCUUGAGAGGAUGGCUGUCCUUGCCAUUUAAAUCCUCAAUAAUAAUAAUCUGAAACAUUUAGGCUGAUCAGAAAUGAAGUGACCGCGUUUUUUUUUAGACUGAUUUUUGCUCCUCAUCAUCGAAGGAGUCAUUAAGGAUGGGGCAAACGUUGGCAGAGCCUGUAACAGAGAAGGAAUCGGAGUGUUGUCAGAACAAUCAAUUCAAAGUCGGAUCAAGUUGUAUGCAAGGAUGGCGUGUGAAUAUGGAAGAUGCGCAUACCCACAUCCUCUCCUUACCAGAUGAUACAGGAACAGCAUUUUUUGGUGUCUACGACGGCCACGGAGGAUCUUUGGUGGCACAGUAUGCAGGAAAGCAUUUACACAAGUUCAUUCUCAAAAGACCGGAAUACAGUGAGAGGAAAAUACCGGAAGCCUUGAAAUAUGGUUUUCUGGAUGUGGAUGCAGCCAUGUUAGAAGAUGAUGAUGUAAAAGAAGAACUCUCAGGAAGCACUGCUGUCACGAUUCUCAUCAAAGAUGGGACCCUUUAUUGUGCUAAUGUUGGAGAUUCCAGAGCUGUUGCCUGCGUGAAAGGCAAAGUUGUAGUCUUAAGCGAGGACCAUAAGCCCUCAAACGAAAAAGAAAUGGCACGCAUUCAACAAGCUGGAGGUUGGGUAGAAUUUAACCGGGUCAAUGGCAACUUAGCAUUGUCACGUGCUCUAGGAGAUUUUGUCUUCAAGCGAAAUGGCAAAAAGAAAGUUGAAGAGCAAAUAGUCAUUGCUGUGCCGGAUGUAGAAGUUAGGGAAAUAACACCUGACUGGGAAUUCAUUGUCAUGGCAUGUGAUGGAAUUUGGGAUGUUCUUUCAAAUGAGGAGGUAGUGGAAUUUGUAAGGGUACGAAUCAGUCUUGGAAUGGAGCCGGAAGAUAUUUGCGAAGAUCUUAUGACGAGAUGCCUGGCACCAGACUGCACAAUGGGAGGACUUGGUUGUGAUAAUAUGACUGUAGUAAUAAUCUGUUGCCUGCAUGGCAGACCGUACAAAGAGCUCCAAGACAAAUGCUACGUAGUCCACAAUGCAACUAAAUCAACUGCAGACUCAUAAAAAUAAAAUUUCAGGAAGUGUUGAAACAGGAUUCACCGACCAUCAGGUAUUUCUUUCAUUUUACUACCCAAAAAAAUUGAAUUUUCCCCCUCACCAUGAUAGACUAUUAAUUUGACGAUUACAGUGAAAAAGCUGGCCGCAGAAAAAAGUAGAUGAGCACCAUAUGUUACUACAUGAAAGUAUUAACUACAUGCCCUUCAUCUGAUCUCCCAUAUCAUGUUUUACAUGUUUUAAGUUAAAUGAGUUUCUGUUCGGUUUCUCCUUUUGUUACCAGUUCACCUUUUUUCCCUAAAAAAAUGUGUAAUGUUUGAACGUGAUAACUCCUAUAUUAUUACUUACCAAUAGUAUAAAUAAAAUUGAAGAAAUGCCUGAAAAUCUUAGAUCAUUUGACUGGCAUGUCACCGCAGGUGAAGAUAUUGUCAGGGCUAUAAAUAUCUCCCUUGUUAAAAUUCUUGCCAGUCAUCUACAUUGAUACUGCUGAUCAUGGGUAAUUUUCUGUGUAUUUAAUUGUAAUCAAAAGUUGCUUUUUAUGGGGUCGUAAAUUUCUGAAAUAAUGUAUAGUACCAACCCUAAAGUGCCAUACAAUAAAAAAAUCAUUAUUUUUUAAGGAAAUCGUCUGUAUUUGUUGUUCGCUGAAGUUUGUAAUUACCAUGUUACUAUUUUAAUUUUAAUUCAACUGCAUUUAAGCCAUAUUCAUGAUGAAAGGAAGAGAAUUGUAUUUUUACAGUGCAGUAAUAUUUUAUCUAGCAGAGAAAGCAGAUGCAUGUAGACUUUUGUCAGUCAAACAGCAGGCUUCAGAUUUUUUCUCAUUAUCAAACUACCAAGUAAAUCGGUUAUGCUGUAUCUUAUUACAGCUAAGCCAAAGAAAACAGUAUCCAGACAUUCAUGAGUUGUCUAUUUUCUUCCAAUAAAAUACUAAUUACCUGGAGAUUUUGUGAAUCUUUUUCUGUGAAUUUUCUUUGAAAUCUAAGCUAGUGUAUCAGAAAAGUUCAAGGAUUUUUUUUUUUUAUUUUACCUUUGCUCUGAAAUGUAUAUUUUGUUGGAGAAAAUGAUAAAUGUUCACAUGCUGCCUUUCCUCAGUUAGCAGAGUUACAUUCUUCAUAUUUCAUCGUCCCUCUGAUGUAAGGGCAUAUGUCAAUCUCCUUUUGAGCCCUGUUCUCCAUAUCACUCCAUGCCUUUCAGGGCUUACGUGGAAAUAGAGACGUGUCCUUACAUCAGAAGGGCAACGAAUUAUGCUGGAAGUGAAUGAACAAGCAGAUUAGCUCCCUCUUUUUUGCAUUUAUAUGUUAUUGUCUCUAUCUGAUUUAUAGACCAUUGAGUAUAUGAAAUUUACUGCUGAGGUUUUAGUGGCUAAGUGUGAUCGAAAUUCUUAAACUUUUCUUGAAAUAUCCUUAGCUUGAAAAAUUUAAGUGCUCUGUGUAUGUAUUAAUAUCCCUAUACUUACAUUUUUUCUUCAAUAGGAUUUCAGGUCAAUGAAAACUUUUGCAUCAAAAUCAUCUCUCUAUCUAUUUAAUGAAAAGUCAUCUGGUCUCGCUAGUAUGAAUGAAAAAUAAUGCCUGUUUUCCUUGAUCUAAAACACCAAAAAAAAAAAAAAAAAAAAAAAAAGAAAACAAAAGGGUUUUUUAUCUGAAGAGUUGAAAAUAACUUCUUUGUAUCCUUUCUGCCAAUUCAGGCAAUUGAAACAGAUCUGAAACUGAAAUCAAGCUUUAUUUGCGUUUAUGAUCAUUAUUAACAGUCAAGACAUUCAGAAUCGUUAAUGUAAAUGUGUUUUUAAGUCCAUGUAAUCAUUGUUUUUUUUAUUUAUCAUGGUAAGGAACACUUCUAAUCAUCAACGACACACAUAUGUGACUAGUUCAGUUACUGGAUUAAACCAGCGCAAGCAACACAACAUUCAAUGUUUUAAAAGAUGUACAGAUGCGUUAGGAUAUGAGUCCCAAGAUUUUUCUACUCUUGCAGAGUCUCAUGAAAGACAGCUGUUAGAGAGCCUUCUAUACGUUAUUUUUUUAUUCGCAAUUAUUUGUGCAUUGUAAGUAAAUAAAGGCGUUGAAACUGUGUAAAUUUAAACUGUACAGAACUAAUUGUAUUAGCCUAAUAAGUAGUCAAAAUCAAAAUGAUCAUUUUGUUCUUGAGGUUCUUUGUAUGCUGAUGUUCUGUGAACUGAAGUAUCAUUUACCUUGUGUCUCUCUCUUGAGAUUCAAAUUGCAGAUUUAAGAUUAGUAUUCUAAUUUUCUUUUUUUAUGAGUGUAAAUUAUCAGCGACUAUUGUAAGCCUUUUUUUCGUAAUUCACAAGUCAGAAAUUCUGUAUUCUCAAUAAAGGAAUAACCAGAGAGAGAUGGAAUAUGAAAGAAACUGUUGUAACCACUCUCAGAAGUUGUUUUGAAAUUAUGUCAUGCAACAGAAGCGGAGAGAGCACGGACCUGCACGACAAGGCCGAAAGCAGGUAAAAGAGGAUCUAGCUCAACCUAUCGUUGGGCAAAAUCAGAUGCUUUCUACUUUUUUGGACAUUUUUUGAUAAUUUUGGUAGGCAGUAAUGUUGCCAAAAAAUGCUGUUUUGGUUGUCUGUAAGGAGGCAUUAAAUGAAACAUAGUGUUUAGAAAAGAGGGCAUGAAAAUUCCAAAUGUCAACGUGAUAAUAUUUGCUCAAACUUUUGCAGCAAGGAAUCACUAUUUUUGGUUCAUCCUCAAAGGCUUCUAACUGCAUAGGAAAACUAUUCGCACAGUUUUGUUUCUACAAUGAUCCAGAAGUAGUGCUUCUUUUUUGCAACUUCAUGAAUGCUGCCUUGUUAUGGAAAAACGCUGUAUGAAAAUUUCCUCCGACAAAAUGUUUCAUUUUCAAGGAGAGUUAUUAAUAUUUCCUCUUGAAAUUUUUAGACAAUUUGUAUCUAAUUGUAAAUAAAAUUCUCUGAUUAAUUCGAGGGAAAAUAUUCACAGAUUUUUCUGAGUAUCCAUAUUUUAUCAAAGGACUAGGUGGCUCCUCCUCCUGGCCGCUAUGUGGCCCAACCUUCAGUGCGCUGCUCGUCUCCAAUGGCCACGAUGCGGCUGGCAAAAUCGUCAAAAUCGCCUAGACGAAACAAAUUGAAAUUGCCUAGAGUAAAUUAAGAAUAAAAAAAAGAUACCUCAUCAACAACUAAGAGCAACUAAAAAACAGACUUAGAAUUGGCCUCCCUGACUCUAGCCCAUCGACCGGCUUAAUCCCCUUCCCCACCCCAUCCACCGAGUGUCUUAAAAGUGAUUUUAUUAGAAUAGAGAGGAUAUUUGGCAACGUCUGAAGGCUCAUACAACGUUUUUUCUUUGCACAGCAGAAUGGCUCCUCCCUUCAACCUUGCAUUGCGUCAUUACCAGCUUAGAAUCAUUUGAUGGCAGGCACAAGUCACAAGUCUUAAGCUUAAUUUACUCCCUCAAUGGAAUUUGUGACAUCUCUUUAGGAACUCAAUCACUUAUUAACUUGCAUUUUAAAUUGUCCUCCAGUAGAAAGACACCUUACCCAGUUUCUGAAGCAAAUUUUUCCAGGGAAGUGAGUUUUCUCUAAAUUAACCAUAAAUAUCAUGGUACUUUAAUGGAAACAUCCAGUAUCCUAUAGCACAAGUUGCGACCAGAUCUUUUUUUUUUCUUUGACAAAGGGUACAUAUAUGCAUUUUACUACCAUGUUAUUAAAUUCAAAACUUAGUAAAUCAAAUUAUUCAAAUGCUUCAUCUCACAACUGCAUAUUUUGAACUUCAAACAUUUAGCUUGAAUUAUUGAUGAUUUUAGGAGUAUUUUUGCCCUUAAAUGUUGGGAUGUUUAUUUUUUAAGUAAUGGGAACAAAAUCACAUCUUAAAAUUUUGUGGUUUGAAGGUCUCUUUUCGAUCUGACAGAAAUGCAAAAAUUACCCCUCAUGAAACUUAAAGAAUGAAAUUUACCACUGAAAGAUUGUGGAUUUUCAUGUAAUGUCAUGAAUUUUUUUAUAAUUCCUACAAUAGACUCAGUAUAUCACAAAACUGAAGGAUACAGUAAAAUUUUAAUUUUGGAAGAAGAAAACAUCAUUAGUUAAGUUUCAAAGUUUCUUAUCGAAUUCUCAGACAUUUGUUGCGGAUUGCCUACGCAGCCCCUGAAAAAUUGAUGAAAUUGUAUUAAAAAAAUGGAAUUUCAUUUUGCGAUUUUGCCUGGGGAUCACCGUGUUUGCAAAUCGAUGUAGAUUCCAGGGAUUCUUUUGUUUUCUCUGAAUCAUUUUAUGCAUUUAUCAAAAUUACUGCAUUUUCUACAAGGCAUACUUAAUUUUGCUGUUCUGCUUCUCUUGUUAAACCUAAAAUAAAGAAAGCCCAUAAAGAGCCUGAUAAAGUUGGAGGUAAAUUUUCUAAAUUUUUAUUUCAGAGGAAUUGAAAACUCAUCUAGUCAAAGAAGAGUGCCUAAAAUGUAUGAAUUUAACAUGACUGUAGCUAGUGAAAUGAAACGCCAUGUCGAUUUAUUUUUUGUUGAAAAGUUUUACUUUUAUUUUUUAGUAAAACAAUUAAACUAAACUCUGAAUCAAAACACUUGAGUAAGUUUUCGAAGUUGACUUUUACAUAUUGCGAAGUGAGUUCUAAUUAGUAUUGUGUCAGCACAUUGUACAAAAGGGCUGCCUUCAAGCUGUCUGAGUUCAUUUUUAGACUUCGGCAGCCUACAGUUCUUGUCUCAUACUCAUAGUCCUGUCAACCUAUUUCAAAAAAGGGCUUCAGCUAGAAAAUUUUGCAAUAAACUUUCUGGCAUAUGUUUCCUAUGUAUUUGUUAAUGGUAAAUCCGAAUCUAAACUUUGCUACCUCCGAUUUUUGCUGCUAAAGCCGUCAUCUUGAAAAAACGUUGCCAAAGCUCAUUUUUUGUCCAAAAAUCAUUAAUAACUCGUUCCUUGUGCGUUGGACAGCAAAAUGAGCUCUUUGCAAAAUGACAAUACGUAAAAUGUUCGUUUAGUCACAUGUAUCAAAGUUUUGAUAAUAUGCGUUUACCAUCCGCCAGAGCGCGCUUAAAAUAGCGGGCAAUUUGAAAGAAGUGCAAUUUUUUGUGGUUCUCUCAUAUAUCUUUUUUCUUAACGGGUUUUCGGCAAAAAUGGUUUUUACAAAAAUUUAAGUUGGCAAAAAAUGCUCCUAGAAGCACGCUUAGUUUUUGAACUAGUGAUUGUUUCAACAAAAGCGCUUGAAGUCGGAGACUCAUAUGACCGAAAUAGGCUGCAAAGCUGCAUCACAAUUCUACCUUUUGAGGACCGGUUUAUGGUUUCCAUAACGUUUAAUUUUGCCUUAAGGCUUUAAAUCUCCUAUAUAAUUAUUAAAAUUAGAGAUUUCGCCCCUUUUGGCAUCUCUUCCCCCUCCCCAAUUAGAUGACGGCGUAAAACCAUUUUCCUUGCAUUUUUAUCUAGAAAAACGCUGUAACGUUUAUUGACAUUUUUUCAAGAUGGCGGCUUUAGCGGCAAAAAUCGAAGGUAACAAAGUUCAGAUCCGGAUUCAACGUUAAAAAACACAUAGAAAAUAUAUGCUAGAAAGUGUUUCGCAAAAUUUUCCAGGUAAAAUUAUAGAUUGCCUGGACUAUCAUUGUAUCCGCGCAGUUAAUGGCUUGGUUUGAUUUAACAGUUUUGCAGCUAAAAUAUGUUUCUUCAUUUUCUACUUCCAUUGAUUGCCUCUUAUCUUUGUUGAUGGGACAGCUAGUUCUUUCUAUAUUAUCUUGUAAAAUCUUUGACCCUUUCUCCAUGGCUUUGACAAAAAAUUGGAAUUAGUGAUACUUGUUGAAGAUCCCAGCAAUGUGAUCGAGCGAAAAGGUGGCUCCUCUAUAAUCUUCAUGUUGGUUAAAUAGAUCCUAGACUUGGACUAAAAUUGUUAUGAGCUCCCACGACCACUUAAAUCUUGGAUUUCUUUAUCCUUUUGGCUGUUUGUUUUAGAUACAUUUGUUCCUAAUUUUCAGCACUUACUGUUUCACAAUCAAUUCGCUUUAUUUCAAAGUUGUCACAAACAACUUGCAGCUACUUAAUUUGAAAAUGGAUGAUAGAUUUAAAAGUACAGUAGCUGUAUUUUUACCUUCAAUGAACAAAACUUCCAAAUAAACAAAAAAAAUUUACAGAA